CUUGCCUCCCGUUCAACUUAUCACCAAAGAUCACCAUAUCGUCAACUCCACCUUCAACUAACUCUACCCAGACCACUACGCUACUUAGUGUUCAGCUCUCGACUGCGUCUAGUGUACCGAUACCGUGCAGUUUUUUUUUCUUUUUUUCUUUGUUGUUUUUUCCUUCUUUUCUUUUCUUUCGCUCGCUUCUCCCUUUGCGGGACUGACAAGCUUUUCUAUUUCGCCCUCUGGCGCCCGCGGGCUAGCCCCGAAUCCCGUGGUCUAGGGGUCUACGAGCGAGAGACCAUGGAUCUUACCAAUUCUUAUAUUUUUAGUAACUCGACGCUGGCCGAAAUUCUAGAUGACCUUUGUGUGAGAUUCAUCAUCAAUCUACCAGAGGAGGAGCUGAGUUCGAUUGAGCGAAUAUGUUUUCAAAUCGAGGAGGCGCAGUGGUAUUUCGAGGAUUUCAUCCGAGAAACGAAUCCCAUGCUGCCUACACUUCCGCUCCGUACUUUUCUUAAUAAGAUCUUUGCUAUCUGUCCGCUACCUAUCUUGAAGGAAAUGCCGCCUGAACGAGCGGAAAAUGCGUUUGCGGAAUUCAUGGCUUACAAAACACGCGUGCCAGUUCGUGGUGCAGUAUUGUUGAACAGUGCGAUGGAUAAGUGUGUACUUGUGAAGGGAUGGAAGAGCGGGGCUAGUUGGAGUUUUCCCCGAGGGAAAAUCAACAAGGAUGAGCGAGACGAGGACUGUGCGGCCAGAGAGGUACUGGAGGAAACUAGCUAUGAUAUUGAGGGAAGGGUCCAUAGUGAUCAUUUUGUUGAAGUCACAAUGAGGGAGCAGAAUAUGAGGUUAUAUAUCAUUCCCGGAGUACCUGAGGAAACGAAGUUUGAGCCAAGGACAAGGAAAGAGAUCAGUAAAAUCGCAUGGCAUCAUUUGUCUGACCUACCAACCUUUUCAAAAAAGAAGAACCAACAAAACAUCCAACAAUCUGACGUUCGAACAGGAAAGUACUAUAUGGUUGCCCCAUUCCUCAAAGAACUCCGUAAGUGGAUUUCAACAUCUGGAAAGAAAUGGCUUGAGGAGCAGAAACAGAUGCCAUCUUCGGCGACUCUCAUCGGCGAUGAGACAGAGAUAGAAGAUAUUAUUCCACCGCAAGCCGUUGAUUCUUCGGCAGAAUUAAGAAAUCUCUUAGGUAUCCCGCACAACGGGGCCGCCAAACCCAACGGAAAUUAUAAUACCACUGGAACCGACGAGGCUACUGCGAGGCUUAAGAAUUUUCUCAAUCUUUCUGGGCCUGUCACAGAACCUGUGGAUGCUUCCAGCAAACUCAAGUCUUUACUCAAUGUGGGUGGGGGAAGUAACACCCAGAUAACGGAGCAAUCGCUCAAACCAAACCCCCAAAUGCUGCUCUCCAUCUUACAGAACAAAGGUGGGCCUUCAAACCCACAGCCAACCGCGACCCCCCCAAUCCUUCCACAGCCUAUGGGGCAGCAUACACCUUCGAUCCCGACACCUACCCAUCACUCUCCAACUGGCCCGCCUAAUAAUCUUAUGGAAGGCUUUCACUCUCAAAUACGCCCCCCCCACCCGCCAUCUCCUCCCCCCACAUUCAGUUUCCUAGGUCCUCACCAGAUGUACGACCCGCUGCACAGUCAACCCCAUCCUCCAAACCAUCUGUUCACCCAUCGCCAAUUCAAUCAGCCCAUAUUUCCUUCAAACCAUCAUGGCGAAUCCCCCACCUUCCCGAACAGGCCCCCAGGUUGGCGGCCAUCUCCGACCCCGCUCGACGCACUUAUGCCCUCGCCUGUUCCUUCCAAACCCCCAGAUCCGGGGCAAGCAGUAAUGCUCCUAUCGAUUCUCAAAAGUGCUGCACCGAGCACCCCGGCAACUCCACAUACACCUCCCCCUGCACGAGCUGCAAACCCUUCACGCACUCCCUCCCAGCCGUACCAUCAACAAGAGCAACAAACAAAACAGAUUGGCUUGCAAACGCCUCCGGCCUUAAAGACUUCCGGAUCGCAGCACAAAAACAACCUUCUCGACACCCUCCGAGGAAGCACAACUGAAACCACAAGACCGGCCUCUGCUACCCUCAUUGCCCAGUAUGAUUUUCCACCAAGGCAUAUGGCACCUCUAGCUUCCGAGAAUGCACCAGCAAGGCCUUUGCAUUCCGCGACUGCUUCCCCUCAGAUUAGCCGAUUUCCCUCAAGGACUCCGAAUGCAUCGCACACACCGGUUCCAGCAAGCACUACCCCACAACCCACGAGCUUUGAUAGACGACAAUCUGUCAGCAGCGAACAGCAAAGGGCGCUGCUUGCAAUAUUCACCAACGGCGCGUCUACUCCCCAUGAGGACCCUGCAAUUAUUUCCUCAUCUGAGGGAGCGAAACCUACCACACCUUUGAGAUCGAGGACUACAAGUUUCGCUCGAAGGGUUACCCCAAUGAGUCCUUUGUCGAGGGAGAAGGAUGGCCUCUUAGCUUAUCUCGAAACCGUGGCUAAGGAAGGUGGCCAAUAG